AUGUCUGGCCCUUUACCUAACACCCCAUUUAAAGUGAGGGCGUUGUACUCUUGGUCUGGCGAACAGGGACAAGAUUUGGGCUUUUUAGAAAGCGAUUUGAUUGAAGUCACUAAAGUUAAAGGUGAUUGGCUAUAUGGAAGGUUAUUGAGAAAUAAAAAGACGGGUUAUUUUCCAUUAGGUUAUGUACAGCUUAUCCAAGAGGUGUACAACAGUUUUAAUUCGCUGUCUCCAAAGAAGCCGUACGACACCGGUAGUACUCCAACAACAUCUCCUAGUAAGCUCCAGAACGCUAAAAGCACACUACCUCCAAUUCCUAGACGCUCUUCAGCUAUUGAAAAUGACCAUGAAGAUAUUUAUUCUACUAUGAGUAGAGAUGGAACAUCUCCUUUAUCUUUUCCGGGCGAGCUAUCUCCUUCAAGCAGACGAAUCCAACAUUAUGAAAAGGGCUUUCGGACACCACCACGCAUGAGCCCUUAUCAUUAUGGUUCAUCAUCCAAUAUCAGUCCAAUUUCGAACGACAAUUCAAUCAAACCUUUCCCUCAUCGCUAUGGAGGUCGCUUUUUUGGAAUUGAUAGUAACGGAUCUAGCGAGUCAGUCAACAAGUUGAAUAUGCAAAAUAAAGGUGACUAUACAAGAGAAAGAUCCAAGUCUGAUUUACCGCCAUUACCACCAAUUCCUGAUACUACUUCUAGUAACACUAAUGUUGGAAAGUCUCCCCAGAGCCCGCUAUUUUAUGCUGGGGGCACAGCUUCACAUUCCUGCAAUGAAUUGUAUAGCAGAGACUCAUCAGCAAGGCGUUCUCCAAUGGAAGAUAGCAACCUUACUGCUAACUAUUUCAACUCAAAUCAUAAUUUUUAUGAUGGGUAUGCACCAUCUAGCUUUGGUGAGCUGGGCUCUGCUCAUAUAUUUGCAAAUACGCGCUAUAUGGAAGAAUCAUUAACAGCCAGCGAAGAAAGUUUUGCAAUGAUGAGUGAUUUCAGUGCCUCCAGUGCAGGAAGUUUAGCGAGGCAUAGAUUUGCUCAAUCUUUUACUGACUCAAUGAACAACUCAAACGAUCCCCUAGAAGAUAAUGCAAGUCAACCUAGAGAGUUCGGUGUUCCAAACAAGAUGACCGAAAUUUUGAGGAAAGUACUAGGUACUGGAACUUCUAAUUCAACCGGUAUGCCAAAACUACCAGAUUUAAGCAACCUAAAUAUUAGUGAUGGCGAUGCCUCAACUUGGUUGCAGGCUCAAGCUCACUUACACAGAUCUAAUACUUUGAGCUCUAAAGAAAAACGCGAACGUGAAAGAAGAGUACUGUGUGAAAACAGAGAUGUUGUUCUACGUCCACAAGAAUAUAUUAAUGAAGAAAUUAAUACCAAUGAUGUACUUCAUGGACAGAAACCUGGAGUUGUUGAUAUCGAAUUGAAAUGUUUGGAUGUCGAAAGAAUAGACCUCAAAACAAGAAAACGAUGCCAACAAACUGGCCCAUUUACUGUGGAGUCAUUUGCUGAUUAUAAUUUCAGAUCUGGUUAUAAGACACAGAUUGAACAACUCAGAGGCCUAUACACAUUUUGUACAGAAUUUUUUCGAUUGAUUGAUGAUCGUGGCAAAACAAAUUUUGAGCAAGAACCUAAAGAUAUAGAUGGAGCUUUACACCAUAACUAUUGUACGCCAUAUCAACUAACAUGGAUAUUUAAGAGGAUGGCGAAUACGUUAGGAAUCCAAUGUGAUCUAAUUGUUGGAUUUUUGAAAACACCCAAUGCAGAUAAUUUGACAUUUAAAUUAAACCAUUGUUGGCUGCGAGUUUUGGUAAAUGGUGAAAUGAGGCUUAUUGACGUCAUAUUGGGCAAUAUUUCCAACCCAAUCCAUGAAUAUGUUAAUAAUAGAAAACAAAUACAUGCGGAAGACUUCUAUUUUUUAGCGCAACCGUUGCAUUUAAUUUAUACUCAUGUGCCACAGUAUUAUGAUGAACAACAUAUAAUUCCGGCAAUUGACAGAAGUAUCGCUCUAUGUCUACCUUUGGUGUUCCCAACGUUUUUCAAAAAUGACCUUAGAAUUUACAAAUUCAGCCUGGGUUUGUGUGAACUUCAGAAUUCUGAGAUUUUUGAGUGCUCAAUAAAGCUGCCUUUCGACAUAGAUAUCCACACCUCUGUGAUUACUAACGGACGUAAUGGUGACAAAUUCAGAAACAUGAAUUUAUCUUUGGUGCAGUUUAGACUGCAUAAGAGAAAUCGUGUUGCAGUUAUUAAAGCUGUGUUGCCACCAGGAGUCAGUAGUGGCAUUUUGCAUAUUCAUUCGGGUAUCACGGUGACGUGCUCCAAUAUAACAGAGUUAUCCCCACUAUCUAUGAUGAUCCCCUUAACACAUGUUGGCACCUCCAAAGAAUAUGAAUUUGUUGCCAGGAUUUCAUCUUCCGACUCCCAAAAGGUAGAUGUCUAUAUAAAAGAGCCACAGAAUAAGUUCUUGUUCACAGGUAAUGAAUACACAUUUCAAAUUAUCCAAACUCCAUGCGAUGGCCUGGUCUAUGAUUCAUAUAGUCAUGUCUCUAAACCCCUAAAAGUAAUAAUGCUACAGGCUCCAUCUGGGAAGGUUUACAAGUUAAGGAAGAGCGAUCCAAAUCAAGAAUUUGGAACAUGGGAGCACAUUACAAAGAUUAACGAACCUGGGAUUUGGGUCGGUUUGGUAACGUCAGACUCAGGUUCAGGCUGGUGUCCCUUUGCUAAAUGGACCUGUAUCUAA